CGUUGGUUUGGGGUUGCUGCCAGUUUUUAGGUAUCCACUGUGACUAAUUCAUAAAAAAAUUUUGUUAAGGUUUCUGGUAUUCUGAAGUCAGUUAAUGAGAGUCGGUUAGAGCUAGUUGUCACAGACGUUAGUGCCCCCUUAAAAAAUGGCAGUACCGUUCUCAAACACUCACCUGCGGGUCCCGCGAGGAUUUGGUACCAUUCUAGAGGGACUGACCCGAGAAGUCCUACGAGACCAGCCUGAAGACAUCCCCAAAUAUGCCGCGCAGUACUUCGAAGCUCUUCUCAAAGAAAGAGAAGAGAGUGGCAUGGACCCUGCCGAGUGGGCUGCUAAACUGGAAGAUAGAUUCUACAACAACCAUGCGUUCAAGAAACCUGAGGAGGAGGAAAUUGUGGACAUCAUGGACAUCCCCCUGGAUGAUCCCGAGGCCAACAGGGCUGCUGCCAAAAUUCAGGCGGGCUUUCGUGGCCACAGGAAUCGUAAGAAGCUGAAACCAGAGGACAAAGAAGAAGGAGAGAAGGAGGAGUGCAGCCAGCCCCAGAAGGAAGAGGACAUCGUGGGCAUCAUGGACAUCCCUUUGGAUGAUCCUGAGGCCAACAGGGCUGCUGCCAAAAUUCAGGCUGGCUUUCGUGACCGCAUGAAUCGUAAGAAGCUGAAACCAGAGGGCAAAAUAGAAGAGGAAAAGGAGGAGGGCAGCCAGCCCCAGAAAGAGGAGGACAUUGUGGACAUAAUGAACAUCCCCCUGGAUGACCCUGAGGCCAACAGGGCUGCUGCUAAAAUUCAGGUGGGCUUUCGUGGCCACAUGGAUCGUAAGAAGCUGAAACCAGAGGACAAAAUAGAAGAGGAAAAGACUAACACUUCAAAAGAAACGGCAACAGAGGUGACCGUUUCCGAAGAAAAAUCAUUUGAGUCCCGUAUUGAAGACGAAUCAAGUCAUUCAGAUGAAAUCUCGCAACCUAAUAUCUCAGAAAAGACUGAAAACACAGGCAAUGAAGAGUCAGUCUACAGGUUCCCAACUGCAGCUGCACAGUCAGAGGAACCGAGUGGCACAGACAAGCACAGCAAUCCAGCAGUAACUGUAUUUGAUCAAGUUGACAGGGCGGCUAAUGAAACGGAUAGCAUCCCUGUUCCAGACCAAAAUAUACCUCACUCAGAGUUAGAGCCCACUGACUUGUCAUCAUUCAGAGGGCUGUCAAAUGUGGAUGUGUGUGCUCUGGAGUUAAGAGCAUCAGAAGAUGAGGAAGGUAACAAACGAGGACCGGCAGUUGCACACGAGGAGCUUGUUGAUUCAGGAGAAGAGGAAAAUACUGAAGUUGUAGAGCCAGUGGAAGUCAUUCAGUAUUCUGGCCUAGCUGAUGUGGAUGUGUGCGCUGCAGAGCUUGAAGGAACAGAGGGAACAAUGAAAGGAGCAACUGCUGAGAAUGUUACACAUGUUACUGAAGAAAAUCUAAAACACCAGCCGGAGGACAUUCUUGUAAAAUCGUCAGUGGCUCAAGCUGAAAUCACUGAGAACAACCGAGAACAAGCAGCGGAUCAGCCAGACAAAGCCAAAGAGGAAAGAACAGAGACUGAAGCUUAUUCUGGGGAGACUCAUGAAAGUUUAGCUCAUAGCAGGCGUAGCUUAGAUGGUAAUGUUAUUCCAAAGGAGGAUUCUUUGGUUGAAAUUAGCUUUGAAGAUGUUCCAGAAGCUCAGCAGAUUAGUGAGGCUGCGGGGAAACAGCCAGAGGAACAGAGUUCAAUAGAUGCCUUACAGAUGGACGUAUUAGAAAUACGAGAGAAGGAAGAGUCAGAGGAUCUUACUGCAAUUACAACUGGCCACUAUGUUGCUGAUACACAAGACAGCCAUAAACAUGAAGCUGAAAAGGGAGUUAACAGGGCCAAAUGGACAGAUGACCUCAAUUUAAGUGAUGAUGAUGAUGAAAAGGAAAAAGGUGAAGACACCAGCUCAUUAAAUCAGCAUAGCACAGAGGCAGAAAAAGAGAACCAAGAGUAUGAAACCAAUCCUGCAAUUGAAAAUAAUGAGCUGCUAAGUGAGGCCAUAUUUCUCAAGAGUGAGGAUUCAGAAAAAGAGACAGAUGACCCUGAUUUCAAAGAAGGUCAUGUGACAGAUGUGGUUGGAGGAGAUAUCGAAGAAACUUACAAGAAGGUUUACAGUAAGACAAGGGAUCAGGAAAUUAAUGAUGGUGGGGCGGAAAAUAAUUCAUCACAAGUAACCCAGUCAAAUACAUCAAUGGCUAGAAUGGGGGCAGAGAGAGAAGUCUUUGAGGAGAGAGCGCAACAUCAACCGGAGGAGAACGAGGAGAGUCAGAGAACACUUGUAUGGUCGCAGCCAGAGGACACAGUGGAAGAAAAAGAGGUCACAUCAAAGGAAGGAGAGGAACUUGGAGAGGGGAUGACUGACUCUGAAAUACAAGAGAAAAGUGCCACGAUGCAAGAGGAGGAGAACAUCACGCUCCCUCACAGUGCAGAUUGGGCUGCUGAUGUCCACCAAGGAGAAGAAGGGCUACCUGAGGACACCACAGUGGAAGAGAGUACUGACAAGGAGGAGUGCAGCCGGCCCCAGGAGGAGGAGGACAUCAUGGACAUCCCCCUGGAUGAUCCUGAGGCCAACAGGGCUGCUGCCAAGAUUCAGGCUGGCUUUCGUGGCCACAUGACUCGCAAGAAGCUGAAGCCAGAGGACAAAACAGAAGGGGAGGAGAGACAGGAAGAUCGGGGGCAGUAGAGAGAGACGACACAUCUGUGCCAGAGCAGUGACACCCCUGUCCCGACCUGGAUGAAGAGAAAGAGGCAAAGCAAGGUAGUGAGAGACAGCCGGCAUAUGCUGGCUAGGCUGGCUUUCAGGCAGACCUUUUUACCCCAGGAGUCUUUUUUUCAACACAAAUUAGCAGUAGAAAAUGAACAGUUUUGAGGGUGUGUUAUGUGAAUCUUUUUUUUCUUCUCUUUUUUUUGUGAACUUUAACACUCCUUCUCUGCUUCUUCAGCAGCCUCAUCAGUACGGAUGUCUUUGACCCAGAAUUUGCAACUCACUGCAUGUACUUGUGAAACUUCUGGUAGUGUGCUAGUUUUUAGACGAUGAUCUGUGAAAGUGAAAAUGAAUGUCCUCUAAAUGCUAAACAGAGCUUUUUUUUCCCUUUCUUUCUUUCUUUUUUUGGAUGGAUCACUUCAUAUGCUCUGUGUGUAAACCUCGUACGCAUCACGUUGGGUGAUUAGUGGCUUAAAAAGACUUCUUAUUUUGCAUUGUUUCCUGAUGUGCUUGUAUCUUGACAGUUAUUGACCUAUUUGACUUGCUUACAAGACUGAUUAAAACAUCAAAAGAAAAGUAGCUAUGUAUGUUCUAUUUGUUUAUCUUUUUGGUCACAUGGUUAGUGAAAUUGCUCUUUCCACAUUUCCAAGCAUUUUCUAUAAAUCUGAUCUUCCAGAACAGUACGCAUGCAGUAAUUUACACUCCUCUUUAUUUGUUUCUCCAGAUGCAUUUGGUACAGCUUUAAAUAAUAACACACUGGUUCAGUAUGCUCUGUUGUUGUGUUGGUGGGUUUUACUUGUUUGACUUCUGUUAAAUCGGGUGUGUAGAAAUCCAUUGUCACUGUGUGCAGAGGUUUCAUGCUUAAAAAACAAACAAAAAAAACUGAAUAGUACCUUGCUGAACUUCGGUGUAGAGACGUGGCAUUACACUAAUAAAUCCACCUUAAAUAU